AUGGAACCCGGCAGCCGCGGCGCCGUGCCCGGCGGAGUGUCGGUGUCGGCCGUGCUGCCGGCGGGCGGGAGCGGCGAGCGCCUGGGCGGUGCCACCCCCAAGCAGUUCUGCUCCGUGCAGGGGAGGCCGCUCGUCAGCUAUGCGGUGCGGGCCAUGGAGAGGAUAAGUUGGAUAUCUGACAUUAUUGUGGUGGUCUCUCCUGAAAAUAUUGAAACAAUGAAGACUAUCAUUGAAAAAUAUGGCCACAAAAGAGUUACAGUAGUAGAAGGUGGAAUAACUCGUCACCGAUCAAUAUUCAAUGGACUGAAAGUAUUUGCAGAGAAUGAAUUUUCCAGCCAUUUGGUCCAGAAGCCAGAAGUAGUGAUUAUCCAUGAUGCUGUGAGGCCUUUUGUUGAAGAAGAUAUUGUUUCAAAAGUGGUUAUGGCUGCUAAAGAACAUGGGGCAGCAGGAGCAAUCCGUCCUUUAGUUUCUACUGUUAUUGCCUCUGCUGCUGAUGGCUGCUUGGACCACUCACUGGAACGUGCCAGGUACAGAGCGAGUGAAAUGCCUCAGGCUUUCUUGUUUGAUAUAAUCUAUGAAGCAUACCAACAGUGUACAGACUAUGACCUGGAUUAUGGAACUGAAUGUUUGCAUCUGGCUCUGAAAUACUGUAAAGCAAAGGCCAAACUUGUUGAAGGAACAGCUGACCUCUGGAAGGUGACCUACAAGCGGGAUCUGUAUGCAGCUGAAUCAAUCAUUAAGGACAACCUAUCACAACAAGUUUGUGUUAUCACCAGUGGGAAGGAAACUCUUGCUCAAGUAGGUUUUCUCCUUCCUGAAUCACUGAAAAGCCAAAUAAAAGUUGAAGCUAUUUCAAUACCUCUAAGCAAAAAUGAUAGCCGUCUACAAAGCAUCAUUUCAGGACAGUGCUACAAUUUUGUUUGUGUAAAUGAUAAAAGGUGUGCCAUUCAAGAAGCCCAGGAACUAGUGGAUAUGUUGGAAAAAUCAAAUAUUGCUCUCUUAUGUCCAGUUGUCCUUAUUUUGGUGCACUUGGAUAUUUCAGAAAAUAAUUCUUUCAGCAUUGGGAUGGAAGACCUAACUACGAUCAAAAAAUUUGCAAGAGAAACUGAAAAGAAAAACAUUUUGGUUUAUGGUCUCCUUAUUCACUAUAAGGCACCCUGUUUCAGACGUGUAGUAGCCCCAGGCCGGUAUCUGCGGAGGAGUGGAAUGCAUACAGAUUCACAGCUUUACUUCACAAGUUUUUUGACCCUUUGCUGCUUCAGGAGACAGUAAAUUCUGCUGCUGCUCUUAUCAUGGCAUUAAUAAAGGACAGAAACCCGGAGCUGAUUGGCCAGCUGUUGGUAGCAUAAGACCAUAAAUCAUGUGUAGCUUUUGGAAAUGUUAGAUUUUCAUCAUCUGUUCACCAAAGGUCUUAAGCCAUUUUAUUCUUUGUUGAAAACUGUGGAUGUAUACCAUUUAUUAUUAAGAUCCCUUAACAGCAUAUUUUUGAUAUUUAAAAUACAAGUCUAAUAUUAUGUAUCAAGUGUAAAAGGAAAUACAAAUAAUUCUGAGAGGCACUGGAUAUAUACUGUGAGGAAUGAUACUGAAAUGUUUUUUAAGGUACUGAUCAUUUUAAAAGGUACACAGAGGACACCAAAGCAUUCAUGCAGAAUUGUCUUUAACUGUGCAUGUGUGUUAUACUCUAGGACACGACUUAAGUUUUAUUUCCAAUAAAUUAAUCCUAAAGCACAACUUAUCUACUUUAUGUGAAAUAAUGUAAAAAUUGCUGCUGUAAUACCUAUUAGUGAAUGUAGAGUCCCUUACAGAGUGUAGCUGUCCUGACAUCAAGAGAAAUGCAUACUACAGGAAGUGUUGGAAAAGUCAGGUGCCUAUUCUCUGUGGAAUGAAGAUAACCUCAAAUCAAAGAAAAUAUAUGCAUGAGUACAACGAGGUGCUAACCCCCAGUUUUCCAGAUGCAGUAUGCCCUGGCUGUAGCCUGCUUGGUGCGACACUUCUUCCAGUGCCCAUGUGCCAUCAUUCAGAGCUCCUCUAACUCCACGGAAGUAGGAAGAGUCUGUUCAUUCAUGUUGAAGAAUACAAUUCUCAUCUCUUGCUGGUUAGCAGAUGUAUGUAGUAAAUAGCAGUGACAAGAACAAGCAUUAUGAAUUCAGAGAUACGCCCCAUUGAUAGUCAAGUCUGCACCCUUGGGACAGGAAGAUGUAAUGGUCAAUGUUUUUUAUGUGGAGUAUCUCUAGGUAUCACAACCACUUAGAGCAAUACAAGCAGCAUCCCUGAAAACAUGCUUUUCCCUAUGCAUCAGACCCAGGAAUUUUAUCUCUCCUGCAAUUUGUGAAGGGGGUAGGUUAGUGUCUUACAUACUUGAUAUGUAUGGAAUAAGGAAUAAGGUCUUGGAGAAAUAUCCCCACCCGAAGUGUCCAGUGAGUCCCUGAUUCAGUCUGUCACUGUCAGUUCAGGAAGCUUUCCCCUAAAAGCAGCAUCCCUCCCCUUUCUCCCUCCAUGUUCUGCUCCCUCUGGUGCUUGGACAAAACUUAGCAUAACAAGCUCCCUGCUUAGUCCCUUUGCUCUUUCCCUUCACAUGACUAUUUAUAUCUCUGGUUUAAAUCCCUUUUAGAAACUGAUCUUGGUCACAAACUUCCUUCAUUGCACAAUAAAAUAAAGAGCUGUUAGUUGAUGGUUCUAUAUCCAAAGCAGACAUCUUCUUCUACACAAGUCAUGCAAAGAUAACUAAAAAAGUUCUUGUGCAUCAUAUGCUUUCUUCUUUGCUUCUUUCUUCUCUCUACUUUGAUUAAUAAUUUGUCCUUUUCUGAUAUUGUACAACAGAAGCAUUCAUAUUAGCUCUGUGUAUGGCUAUACAAUGGGCAUAUUUUAUUCAUAUAUAUAUUCAUGUCUGUUCAUAUGCGGAGCACACAAAUAAAUGAAGAGCUAAAGAAUUUAUUAAUGGUAUUCAUAAUUUAACAGGACAGCUCUCACAAAUAAGUUUUCUGAAUGUGCUUUUACAUUAAUAAAUUUGAUGAAGGAAUUUGUCCCACAGGCUUUUAAAAGACAUGAUGAAAGAUGUCUCUUUGACUGUAUUUUGUUAUUCUUGUUUGCUUGAAGACUAAAAUGCAAUCUGUGAUGUGUUUUGCCCAAAUAAUAAGAAGGUGAAUUUAGAAAAUCCUUCAUGUUUUCUAUCCGCUCUAAUUUAUACAUUGUGAUACUGCAUUAACAUUGGUUUGUGUGCAUCAUUUGCUUAAACAGAGCUUUUAUUUUUUAGGGUUGUUUUACUUACCUCAUUCUCUUAAGAGGAUUUUGAUCCAAUUAAAAAUGAUACCGCAAUGAACUGCUGUAAUAAUAAAAAAAAAAGUAUAGUUGUUUAUGGAUUUAUUUUGAAAAGAGAACAGACAAUGCACAAGAAAAAGUAAGUUUUGGGUCGUCCAAUAUACUUAGUACUAAUCCUAAAUGGAAGAUAAUAGGCUUUAUUAAUGUGCUGUUAAUCAUUGCAUUAUGGCUUUUUAAUCUUUAGCAAUCUUUUUAAAUAAGCUACAAAGACUGAAAAGUCCAUUUUGCUGGAAGCAAAUGCACCAACAACAGAACUACUAAAACAGAUCACAAAAUACUAAAACUGCAGUAAAAAAUAAAAAAAAAAGAAACUAGACUGUGAUUAAUGCUAUUGUGUAUCCAAACCAAAUUUAAAUGGUUUUUUUUGGUGAUUGUUAGUACUUAC